AUGAAGGUUUAUCUCAUAUUCAUUACUCUUCUCUGCGCUGUUUAUGCUGCUCCUCCUCCUAUUAAGUCAACGUUGAGGGCCAGGGACUUUCUUCCCACUCCUCCAUCGGAAGAUCCAUUUUACACUCCUCCUGCAGGGUACGAAUCCCAACCACUUGGUACAAUUUUGAAAACACGUAAAUUGGAUCACACAGUUGGGUUAGUCGUAGUUCCUUUCCAGAUUAAGGAAGUAUAUCAGUUUAUUAUUCGUUCGGAAGAUUCUUUUGGUAACGCACUUGCAGUUGCAACUGCACUUUAUAUCCCAUACAAUGGUGAUCCAAAAAAGCUUCUUUCAUAUCAAGUUGCCGAGGAUGCAUCAAAUCUUGAUUGCGCCCCCUCUUAUGCCUUCCAAUUAGGUUCCAAUCCAAUUUCUAUUGUGUCUUCUCAACUUGAAGAAUUACUAGUUCAAGCUGGACUGGAAGAGGGUUGGUAUGUUGUUGUACCUGACUAUGAGGGUCCUAAUGCCGCCUUUGGAUCUGGACAACUUGCAGGAAGAGCUGUUUUAAACUCAGUCAGAGCUGUAUUGAAAUCUGGAAAUAUCACGGGAUUGGCAGCUGAUCCAAAAAUAGCUUAUUGGGGCUAUUCAGGAGGAUCACUUGCAACAGGUUGGGCUGCUUUGCUAGAGCCAACUUACGCUCCUGAAUUGAGUCCGCAAACAAUUGGCUACGCGUAUGGUGGAAUUGUUGCAGAUGUCGCAAAUGUUGCUAAACAAAAUGUGGGCAAUAUCUUUGCUGGGCUUCUCUUUGCUGCAAUGAAUGGUUUAUCCCAUGAAUAUCCAAGUAUUAAACAGUAUAUUGCUGAUAAUGUGUACCCAGACAAGCAGACCUUUUUUGCUUUACCAAAUAAGCUAUGUGAAAUUGUCUAUAUUCCUUUAUUUCUUUUUAAAGGUUGGGAUGAAUUCUUCAGGGCUGGUUCCGCUACUCUUUCCGAUCCAAUUGUUAAAAACGUAACAGACGCCCAAAAUAUGAUCAUUUCACCUCUCGUUCCAACUGCCCCACUUUACUUUUACAAUGCAAUUUAUGAUGAAAUUAUCCCUGCUGCUGACGCUGAUAAGUUGUAUUCUAGGCUCUGUGCUGCUGGCGUCGAUAUUGAGUAUAACCAAGAUUUACUAGGAGGUCAUAUAGUCUCUGCUGUAACUGGAGCUGGAAGUGCAUUUUUGUGGUUGAAAGAUCGUUUCAACGGUAUUCCCGUGAAUCAAGGAUGUAAAAAGUCCUUUACAUUUACUAGUGUGAUAACACCAGCAGGUCUCACUGGAUUUAGUGAGAUUAUAGUUUCUGCUAUAAUGACACUUUUGCAGAAACCUAUUGGCCCACCAAGUCUUGGUCUCAGCACGAGUACUUAA